AUCACACAACUCUGUCCUCUACCGAAGAUUAUUGUUACCAAAGUAGUGGCGGUGGUGGUGGGCUGCGGGAUGCUUGUUUCUUGCUACAUCAACAUCAUACGCAAGAACCAUUCCAAAAAAAUAAAGCUCUCAUUCUAUCUUUCUCCCCAGCCCUUGGAUCACUCCCAUUUUACUUACCCUCCAUCUCUUGUACACUUGAACUCCUCACCAGCUAAGAUCUGGGCUCUGAACUGAAACAUACUGGUCGGCAUCGACUCCAUUAAACCACAUCAUCCACAACUUCUCUCCCAUCCAUCACCCACGAACCCGUCGCCCCCCGCUACCUACCUACCCACCACCCAAACAAAGUAACGAACGGAACAUUCACACUACAGCAUCAUGGCAUCUCCUCCUCCACCGGGUGCCCCAUACGCGGACCCCAACCAACAGCAAUACCAGCAGUUCGGUCAGCCCGAUCUAUACGCACAGCAGCAACCCCCCGCACAGUAUGGUCAAGGCCCGCAACCCGGCUAUCCUCCUCAACAGCCUGGCUUCCCAACGCCACAAGCACAAGGUCCACCUCCUACCGGUGCUGCCGCUGGUGCAGGCCGGGGGAAGAGACGGGGCUACGCCGAGCAGCAGUUUGAGUUCGGUCAGGGCGCCAAUGCCGCGUUGACGCCGGGCUCGACGGGCGCCGGGGGAAUGUAUCAGGGCGGGGCCCAAGGAUACCCGGGAGCUCAACCGGGAUACGCGGAUUCGGCACAGCAGCAGUCGCAGUUCGUUCAGCCGAUGGGGAUGCAGCAGUCUGGCUAUCCUGGUGCUGUUGGCGGUGGGUACGAUCCUGUCGGGGGUGUGACGCAACAGUUUGGCCAGAUGGGAAUGGGUGGGGCUGCACCGAUGCCGGCGACGGCACCGCAGGUGAUGCCGCAGCCGAUGGGAGUGCAGAAAGCUCAGGGCUUGAACCAGCUGUUUACUGUCGAUCUGAUGCAGCAGCCGUUCAAUGCCGCCGAGUUGGAUCUUCCGCCGCCGGAAAUCAUGUUGCCGCCGAAUGCCGCUUUGACUCCUAGUCCGAACGCAAAUUGUCCUCCGCAGUACAUGAGAUCCACGAUAAACGCGGUACCGGCCACGAACCACCUGCUCAAGAAGUCGAAACUGCCGUUUGCGCUGAUCAUCCAACCCUACACCUCCCUCCACGAUGCCGAAGACCCCGUGCCGCUCAUCUCCGAUACCGUUAUCUCGCGUUGUCGCCGUUGCCGUUCUUAUAUUAACCCAUAUGCCGCCUUCCUAGACCACGGCCACCGCUGGCGCUGCAACAUGUGCAAUCUCACAAACGAUGUUCCUCAGGCUUUCGAUUGGGACCAGGCACAGCAACAGAACGUGGAUAGAUGGCAGCGAGCGGAGCUGAACUACAGCGUUGUGGAGUUUAUUGCGCCCCAGGAGUAUAUGGUUCGCCCGCCGCAACCCUUGGUGUACCUUUUCCUCCUGGACGUCAGUUAUCAGGCGGUUCAGUGCGGUCUGCUUGCUACCGCUGCGCGGACCAUCCUCGAGAGCUUGGACCGAAUCCCGAAUGCGGACAGGCGAACGAGGUUAGGUUUCGUAUGCGUAGAUAGCUCUCUGCACUACUUCUCGAUCCCACGGGAUUGCACGGAGCCCAGUAUGCUGGUAGUUUCGGACCUGGAUGAGCCUUUCCUGCCCAUUCCGGGAGAUCUCCUGGUACCCUUGGCCGACUGCCGCGAGGGUGUGGAGAAUCUUCUUGCAAAAAUGCAGGAUAUGUUCCAGUACACUACGAACCCUUCCAGCUGUAUGGGCAGCGCCCUUCAGGCAGGCCACAAGCUCAUCGCUGCUAUCGGUGGAAAGAUGGUGGUUCUUACGGCCACUCUACCGAAUAUGGGUGCCGGCAAACUGGAGAUGAGAGAAGACAAGAAGCUGCUAGGAACUGGUAAGGAGAGCUCACUUCUGCAGACUGGCAACAGCUUUUACAAGUCGUUCGCUGUCGAAUGCUCUAAGAACCAAGUUUCGGUGGACAUGUUUCUCUUUGCCAAUGGUUACCAGGACGUGGCUUCGCUCAGCAACCUUCCAAGGUACACUGGUGGGCAGACAUGGCAUUACCCUGGAUGGAACGCCACCAGGAGCGAGGAUGCGAUCAAGUUUGCGAGAGAAUUUUCAGACCAUCUGUCCGCCGAGAUUGCUCUCGAGGCGGUCAUGCGAGUUCGUGCCACUACUGGCCUCCGGAUGCAGACGUUCUACGGAAACUUCUUCAACCGGUCCUCGGAUCUGUGCGCUUUCCCGGCGUUCCCCAGGGACCAAGGAUACGUUGUUGAGGUGGCCAUCGACGAGACUCUCGGUCAGAAGUUCGUCUGCAUGCAGACUGCUGUUCUCCACACCACCUGCAACGGUGAGAGACGUAUCCGUGUGAUGACACUGGCACUUCCUACCACCCAAAACGUCGCGGACGUCUAUGCCUCCGCCGACCAAGUAGCCAUCACCACGUACUUUGCUCAUAAGGCUGUCGAGAAGACGCUCAGCAAUGGCCUCGACGCCGCCCGUGAUGCCCUCCAACAGAAGAUCACCGAGCUUCUGGUCACCUACAAAAAGGAAUGCACGGCCUCGCACAUGGGCGCCUCCAGUCCUCUCUCCUUCGCCGGCAACCUCCGUGGGCUCGUCGUCCUGUUCCUAGCACUGAUGAAGCACGUCGGUCUCCGCAAAUCCACACAAAUUCCCACCGACCUCCGUUCCGCCGCGCUGGCCCUCCUUUCUACCCUCCCUGCUCCCCUCCUAAUGCAAUAUAUCUACCCGCGCCUUUACUCCCUCCACGACAUGCCCGACACUUGCGGCACCAUGCAUGCGGAAACCGGCGAAAUCAUCAUGCCUACACCAAUGAACCUCUCCUCCGAGCGCCUACACCCGUACGGGCUGUACCUCCUCGACGACGGGCAGACGCAGUUCCUCUGGGUAGGCUCGCAGGCCGUUCCGCAGCUGAUCCAGGACGUCUUCGGCCUGCCAUCAAUCGAGCACGUCAAAGUCGGCAAGACCACUCUUCCCAUGGUCGAGGACGGCGAGUUCAACGAGCGGAUCCGCGCAGUUGUGGAAAAGUCACGCGAUCACAAGAGCAAGAAGGUGGGCUGCAUCACUGUGCCCCAUCUCUACAUUGUUCGCCAGGAUGGUGAGCCCAGUUUGAGGCUGUGGGCCCAGACCAUGCUCAUCGAGGAUCGUGCCGAUAUGGGGGUCGGACUACCGACCUUUUUGGCGGCGCUGAGGGACAAGGUGGGAAAUUCAUAGGUGUGUGUGUUCGGCGGGAUGGGCUGUAGUGGAUAUUGUAU